UGGUUUUCUCAGACUUUGCUCUCUCACAAAAUUCACAUUAUACAGCAGUUGGCUAGAAAAUUGCUUCAUGCUCUGUCUCUCUCCGGACAACAGAACAAAGAUUCUCCAGAGAGUUCAUUACUUUCCCGGAAAAGAAGAAAAAAAAAAAAAAAGGUUCAGACUCAAAGGGUAUCUUAUUCUCUAUUUAAAUGGGUAUCUGAAGCGCUAAUCUUCCGCUACAGUAGCAGUGGAAAGUGGCCAUGGACGGUGGAAAAGACAUGGAGGAGAAGAAAGGAAGAAACGAAGUCGUUUUGCAGAUUUCGGUCACCGAAGGACAGACUGGUUUGAAUAAUGAAACCCGUGACUCGAAUCUUGAGCUAACGGAGCUUCAGAGCCUCAGAGUGUCAGAUUCUGCUUCUCCUUCUCCAGAUAUAUCAGGGCAAAGUCUCACACCCGGUAAGCCUCCGAAAGUCCCAACCGAACCCGCUUCUCGACGAGCUUCGUUUUCGAGGUCUGCGUUCUCAAAACCCAAGUCGAGAUUUGUUGAGCCAGUUCCUCCUGGUGAAAUGAAGGUGACUGAUGAAAAUACCCAGUUGAAGUCAAAUGCUAAUUCGCCUAAUGUGGCAUCACCAAGCUCAAAAGCCACAGCCACAACUCCAAGAGACACUCUAAGAUCAGCCCCCGUAACCCCACGAACACCAUUGAUCGAACCGGGUGGCGAGGAAGACGAUGAUGAUGAGGUGUAUAAGACUGCCAAUCUUAAGGUGCGUGAGAAGUCCGGUAAGAAGAAGUUGAAAAAGUUGGUCUUGAUUGAGUUGAUUGUAUUUGUGUGCGUUGUUGGGUUUUUAAUUGCUUGCUUGACUGUUACUAAGUUGGAGCACAAGAAGAUUUGGAGUUUGGAACUAUGGAAAUGGUGUGUUUUGGUGGUGGUUGUCUUGUGUGGCAGAUUGGUCACAGAAUGGUUGAUUAAUGUUCUAGUUUUCUUGAUUGAAAUGAACUUCCUGCUUAAGAAGAAAGUUCUGUACUUUGUUUAUGGAUUGAAGAGAAGUGUGCAGAUUUUUAUUUGGUUGGGUUUGAUUCUUCUGGCAUGGGCUUUAUUGUUCGACGGCCACGGGGUGAAGAGGUCAAGGAAAACCUCUAGGAUUCUAGGUUAUGUUACAAGGGGCCUGGCUUCUUGUCUAAUUGGAUCAGCCAUAUGGCUGGCGAAGAAUUUGUUUGUGAAAUUAGUAGCUUCUUCUUUCCAAUGCUCGAGAUUCUUUGAUCGGAUUCAAGAAUCAAUCUUUCAUCAGUAUGUUCUCCGCACCCUUUCAGGGCCUCCAUUGAUGGAGAUGGCAGAAAAAGUAGGAAGGACACCAAGUACUGGCCAGUUGAGUUUCAAAAAUAUGAAGGGCGCGGCGAAUAAGGGGAUGGAAGGGGCCAAACAAGAGGUGAUUGAUGUAGAAAAGCUCAAGAAGAUGAAGCAAGACAAAGUUUCUGCUUGGACCAUGAAAGGGUUGAUUAAUGUUGUAAGGAGUUCUGGGUUAUCUACCAUCUCCAACACACUUGAGAGCAUUGAUGAGGAGGAGGGCGAGCAGACAAAUAAAGAGAUUACUAGUGAGUGGGAAGCAAAGGCUGUGGCUUAUGAUAUUUUCCUUAAUGUAGCCAAGCGUGGCAGCAAGCACAUUGAGGAAGAUGAUCUCCUGCGCUUCAUGAAAAAGGAGGAGGUCGACCUUGUACUUCCUCUGUUUGAAGGAGCAGCAGAAAAUGGAAAGAUCAAGAGAAAAGCUUUGAAGAACUGGCUGGUGAAUGUCUACCUUGAACGCAAAUCACUGGCACAUUCUUUAAAUGACACUAAAACAGCAAUAGAGGAGCUGAAUAGGCUUGCCUCAGGACUUUUGCUUCUUGUGAUCCUUAUUGUGUGGUUACUUCUGAUGGGAUUUUUGACAACCAACAUACUGGUCUUUAUAUCAUCACAGCUUUUACUGGUGGUGUUUGUGUUUGGUAAUACUGCGAAAACUGUGUUUGAAGCCAUCAUAUUCGUCUUUGUGAUGCACCCAUUUGAUGUAGGCGACCGUUGUGUUGUUGAUGGAGUACAGAUGAUUGUUGAAGAGAUGAACAUAUUGACAACGAUCUUCUUGAGAUAUGACAAUGAGAAAAUAUACUAUCCGAAUUCAGUACUGGCUUCUAAACCCAUCAGCAACUUUUAUAGGAGCCCGGAGAUGGGUGAUUCUGUUGAAUUUGCUGUUGAUGCUUCUACGACGGUUGACACUAUCAAUUCUCUAAAAGGCAGAAUAAAAUCGUACUUGGAUGGCAAGACUCAGCACUGGCGUCCCACCCAUAGCGUGGUGGUUAAGGAUAUUGAGGACGUGAACAAGAUGAAAAUGGCACUUUACAUUACGCAUACCAUAAACUUUCAGAACUAUGGAGACAAGAGCAGCAGGAGAUCAGAAUUAGUCUUAGAGCUGAAGAAAAUAUUUGAAGAUCUUGGUAUAAAAUAUCACCUCCUGCCUCAAGAAGUUCACAUCCGCUACGUUGGGCCAGCUACUUCAGAACUUCCACCGACAUGGCGAUGAUCUUUUCUUUGUGCAAGAAUUUUCUCUGCUGCAAGCUUUGAUGCGCUUAUUAGACAAUUCGAAUGUGAAGGACGUCUACAAAUUUCAGUGUGGAUGGUGAUUGGGCCAAUAAGAUAACCUUAUCCACCAAUCACAAUUGAGAGGCUGCCACGUAGGACAAAGAUAAAUGACAGGGUUUCCACACCUCUCGUUAAGGUUGCUCUUUCCACCACCUCCAUGACUAUCUGGCCCUCUCUCUCAAAAUCUCCCACACCACCAAUAACAGCAACAAGAACUCAAUCUGACAAAAAAAAAA